GACAAGAGUGAGUGUGUGGUGCUGUGAUUCAGGCCUAAUUAAGAAGUUGCGUCUGCGCAGGGCUAUAAGCGACUAGCUGCUCCAACUGAUAAUCUAGUCAGGAGACAACUGCGAGGGUUUCGCCACGGGCUGGACAUAGACCGAAGGGGAGCUGUUCGAUGCUGUUUCUGCCUCCAGUAUGGCAAAAAUCAUCCUGAGGCACCUCAUAGAGACUCCAGUGCGUUACGAGGAGGAGUUUCAAGCUCGCGGUUUGGAAGACUGCAGGCUGGAUCACGCCUUAUAUGCGCUGCCUGGGCCAACCACCGUGGACCUGGGAAAAGCCCGGGCAGCCCAGGCUCCUCCAGAGGACUCAGCGGCAGAGAUGCCGCCUCAAGCAGGCAAAUCCCGCUUCCAGAUCCUGCUGGACGUGGUCCAGUUCCUCCCCGAAGAUAUCAUCAUUCAGACCUUUGAAGGCUGGCUGCUGAUUAAGGCUCAACAUGGAACCAGAAUGGACGAGCAUGGUUUUAUCUCAAGAAGCUUCACCCGACAGUAUAAACUGCCAGAUGGCAUUGAAACCAAAGAUUUGUCCGCGAUCCUCUGUCACGAUGGAAUUCUGGUGGUGGAAGUAAAGGAUCCAGUUGAGAUCAAGUGAAAUCUUACUGGUUCCCGAUCAUACCCACAGGAGGAAGACUACGGUUCAGCCGAUGAAGGGUACCAUGGGCAUGUUUGUAUUACCCACGUUUGAAAUGAUUUUUAUGAAGAUUAAAAAUAUAGACAUAGUUCCUGGUAUGUUGAGGGUGUCUUUGUUAUUCUUAUUCAGCAAGGAAAAUCGUUCAAAAUGUUCCUACAGCUCAAAGUGACGCUAGACUUACAUCUGAAACUGACAAUUUCGGAGACUAGGUUGAUACCAGAGAGGACUCAGAAUGAUUUCUUCAUUACCCCAGCAACGCCAGCGAAGUACAUUGGUAACAAUUGGUGGCAAAAGAGCCAUACUAAUUUAAGAAAUUCUUAUCCAUUUUAUGAAAACUUUUUAUAUCGCUGAAAGAAAGUUGUGAUCCCCUUGCCUUGAUAAGCUUUUCUUUUCAGUGUAUUUUAAUUAAAGCGGAGCUUUGUAAAUUCAGAGUCUGAAGGUGAAAAUACAGUACUUGGAAAUUGGGUCUGAAAUCUAUUUACGAGUCACUACAGUUGUUGCUGCCUCAAACUUAUGUUGGAAUUUGCAGAUAGAAAGCUUAUUUUUGAAAAGUUCCAAAUACGUACCUCUUUUGUUGUUGGAGUUGUUUUUAGUUAAACUGAAUGUUAUCUGCAGUGAUUUUAAAAAACAGUAUAUGUUGUGUGGAUAAUUAUGAAAUAAUAAGAUGCAUUGUCAUACUCGUAAGUUAAUAUUAAGUUUAGGAAACCACUUUCAAAAGUGCAAUUACUGACUUCAAAGAGUUUUAAUCUAUGCUCUUUAGAUGCUCCUUCAAAUUGUAGAUUUCAGAAGAUGGCAAAACGUAAGGCAGCUGCUCUCCCUGCAUAAUCCUUUGCUUUAAAUAGCCUGGCAGCGCGGUGGUUCCGGGCCUGAGCUCACACCGGCGGCUGAGCUGAUGCUGCGCGGGGGAGCGCGCCUGCUGCUCUCCCCACUUGCUGCUUCCGCCCAACGCAACAGCUGAGACGCUGGGAGAGGCGAAGGAUUUCCUUUAGGAACAUUGCCGUCAACAGCUGGGCUGCGACAUGCCGAAGAUUUGCUAUCUCAUUCUGUACAUACUAAAUCCUUCUUGGGGUGGGGGAGGGGAGUAGCUCCUUUAACCCCGCCCCCCACGUGAGCCUGAGGACAGAGCUAUGAAUAGAAGAGGCAGGCGGGGUGUGGAAAACGUCAGGGCAGACGCAGACCCCUCACCAGACCGCUGUGCUCCUCCCUGGCGCUUUAUUCGUAGUUAAGUGCAAACAAGAGAGAUGUAAGCAACAGAAAAAGAAAUUGAGCAGUUCUAACAGAGGUUUUGAAAACAAAUGUAAUCUGAAAGAGAUGAUUGUUUACAGUCUAAUUAAAUUGAAAGGAUUUUGAAACUA